CAUUUUUUCACUUUGGAAAUGUCUCUCGCGCAAACUAUGCAGUUUAGAAAAAAAAUGGUAUUUGGAACUUAAAUAUCAUUUUUGAAGACCUAUCCAUAGAUACCCCACACGUAUGGGUUUGAUGAUUUUUUUUUUUAAUUUUAUGACGUAUUAAAAAAAAAUACUUACCAGAUCUCUUUCAAACCAAUUUUCGGUGGAAGUUUGCAUGGCAAUGUAUAUCAUAUAUUUUUUUUUAGAUUUUUCAUUCUGUUAUUGUGACGUAUUCUGCUCCGCAUUACAAAAAGGUUUUAUUUAUGGUUUACUUUUCAUGUAUUAUUUUCUAUUUGGUUUUAGAACCAUGUCACAGUAAAAUAGAAUAAUUUGAAAUGUAUGUAACCAUGGCUGUCUGAAAAUAUCGUCGUAACAGCGAUGACCUAUUAAUUGUUAUUCUUUAUAUAUAUUUUUGUGUUCAGUUUAUCCAAGUGUUUCAAUAAAUAACGCGAGUUCAACACAUCUGGCGACCGUGCAUAAAUAAAAAAUAAAGAUGGAAUCGUGGAAACGCAAACGAACACAGUUCAGAAGAGAAUUUACAACUCUCGCGGACAAGACGGCGAAGGCGGUGGAGAAUAAAGAUUCGGCAGCACCGCAGAUUUUCGACCUCCUGUCCGAAGCGGCUUCGAGUUUGUUUGAAGCUGAAGCCACAUUGCGAGACUUAUGGGUCGAAAGUGAAGAAUUUGACGAGGAACAAUUUCAUUCAGACCAAGAAAAGGCGAUGCAAUAUAAAAUACGUUGGCAUCAAGUAAAAGCCGCAUUUUCAAAACCACUUCCUUGCAUCAGUAGUGCAUCGUCGCUACAUUCAGCACAAUCCAGCAUCCAGCGAAGCCUUAAGCUGCCCAAGUUGGAGUUGGUUAAGUUCGACGGGAAUAUCAAAUCCUGGCUCUCAUUUUGGGGUCAAUUUAAGAAAAUUCACGAAGAUAAAGUAAUGGACGCAACUGAUAAGUACCAAUAUCUUUUACAAUCAAUGACCCCAAAUAGCAGCGCACGACAGCUUGUCGAGAGUUACCCACCUUGCGCAGAGAACUACAGUAAGGCAGUGGAAGCUCUAAAGGCUAGAUUUGCUGGAGACGACUUACUCAUUGAAACUUACGUAAGAGGUUUGUUAACAUUGAUGCAACAAAGAGGAGAGCCUAAAAACUUGUCGAAUUUGUACGAUAACCUGCAAACACACCUGCAAGCAUUGGAAACACUCGGCGUGACAAAAGACAAGUACGCUUCAAUGCUGUUUCCUAUGAUAGAGUCGGCACUGCCAGAAAGCAUACUUCGUGCUUGGCACCGCAGUCAAUCUGAAACCAGGGACCUAGCCAACCUGAUGCAGUUCCUGAGACAAGAGGUGGAAUCUGAAGAACGGAUUAAGCUAGCCAGAAGUAAAAUGGAAGAUAUUACCCUAGCAGAGCAAAAGCCACCCACCGCUUGUUUUGUACAGUUGACAGAAGCCAAGAGUAAUAAAGAAGCUUCCCGCAGACAAGGUGAGACAUUUACAUCAGCAUGCAUAUGGUGUAGCAAGGACAACCACUCAGCCGUCGAGUGCUACAAAGCGGCCAAAAUGACAGUGAGUGAUCGUAUCGAAUUUAUCAAAGGCAAAAAAGCCUGUUUAAUUUGCUUGAAAGGCAACCACAUUGCAAAAAAAUGCAAGUCUUUCCCAAAAUGUCUAUAUUGCAAAAAGCGUCAUUUUACAAUCAUGUGCGUCGACAUUCCAGCGGAUCAAGGCAGCAGCAAUAAACAGUCGGAGACAUUCAAUAACAUGUCGUGUGUACAAAAGUCUGCAAGUACAACUUUAUUGCAAACCGUGAUGGUGAAACUUGUACACGACAAGAAAGAGGUCAGUAUUAGAGCAUUUAUUGACAAUGGUGCACAACGGUCCCACAUAAAGAAAGACCUAGUACAGAAGCUCGGCCUAAAAUCUAUCAGAAAAGAGGUAAUAAGUCAUUGUUUGUUCGGCGGGUUCGAGACGAAAAAGGAAGACUACGGAGUGUUUGACAUAUGCGUCAAGAACGUCGAAAACGACUUUUCUAUGAAUUUAUCUGUUGUAGAACAAACAAAUAUUUGUAAUUUUUUACCUAAAAUAAGAUCUUCUGUAAUACUAGAGCAACUGCGUCGAAAAAAUAUUAUUUUGAACGACUCCAUGACCGACUCUCCUGACGAAGUAAGUUUAUUGAUAGGUGCUGACUAUUCUGGGUUACUACUUACAGGCGACGUAAUACAAUUAGAUAAUAACUUGACUGCGAUAAAGACGAAAUUUGGGUGGACCGUUCAAGGUCCUAUAACGGGGCUUUACAGUUCCAUGACAAACUCGACGACGACUUUCCAUUGUUUAACAAAGAUUGAUCUUACAGAUUUGUGGUCUUUGGAGGCGAUAGGUAUCAACGAUCCCGCGGUACAAGCAACUAAGACAGCGCGCGAUGAAGAAGUCCUCAGAUCCUUCGAAGAAAACAUCAAGGUCAAUGAAGAAGGUCGUUAUGAGGUAAGUUUACCCUGGCGUGACGUUCCGCGACCAAAAACUAAUUACGAUCUUGCCAAAAAGAGGUUAGAUAGCACCAUGGCUCGCCUUAAGCAGCUCGGUAAGCUCGAAGAUUACGACAAGGUAUUUCGCGAGUGGUUACAGUUAAACAUCAUUGAGGAAGCACCUGACCAAUCUGUCCAAGGCCAUUACAUGGGACAUCAUGGUGUGAUCAAGACCUCCAGUUUGACAACCAAGCUACGUCCAGUUUUUGAUUGCUCAGCCAAGGACAGGCAUGGGAUUUCCUUAAACUCCUGUUUAGAAAAAGGCGUAAACCUGCUCGAAAAAAUUCCUAACUUAUUAGUCGAUUUCAGGAAAAACAAGAUUGGAGUGACAGCUGAUAUAACUAAGGCUUUCCUUCAAAUUUCAGUUGCACCGGAGGAUCGGGAUUAUCUUCGUUUCCUAUGGUGGUCCAAGAUUGACGAAGACGAUAGAACGAUGAUCACAUACCGUCAUAGACGCGUCGUAUUUGGAGUGACAUCGAGUCCGUUUCAUCUCGUAGCCACCAUUAAUCAUCACCUUGAUAAUUGUUCAGAACCACUAAAAGAAACAGCGGCAAAAUUGAAGAAAUCGUUUUAUGUGGAUAACUGCGUCACAAGUUUGGAAUCAGAGGAAGAGCUCAACAAAUUCAUAAGCGAAUCAAAAAGGUAAUGCUAGAAGGCAAAUUUGACCUUAGAGGUUGGAUCUCAAGUCCCAUUUUGGUAGAUAAGAACGUCGGAAACACGUCAAUACUAGGUGUAAUCUGGAACGUAAAAAAUGACACCCUACAAUGUAAUGUCAACUUUAAUAAUAUUGAACAGAAAUUAACGAAACGAACGUUACUUUCAGUAGCGCAAAGGGUUUUCGAUCCUAUUGGUUUUACCUGCCCCACGACCAUAAUCCCUAAGAAGAUCUUGCAGGCAACGUGGUGUAAAAAACUGACCUGGGAUCAAGAACUACCUGAAGAUUUGGCCAAGGAAUUUAGAAAAUGGCUAGAACAAGCUUACGCCAUCAAUGACUGCGUUAUUCCUAGACGACUUACAAGCUUGUCUAUACAGGAGUGCGAAACGUCCUUGCAUGUAUUUUCCGACGCAAGUAAGGAUGCUUAUUCAGCUUGUAUAUUUCUGCGGUCAAAACAGGGUGACAACGUUAAUUUAAGCCUUGUCCUAGCACGCUCAAGAGUGACACCAGUUCAUAAAAUUACUACUCCGAGACAAGAGCUGAUUGCUGCAACAUUAGCGUGUAGACUAUCCGUGACAGCUGUUGAAUCUUUGGCUUUGCCCAAUUGUGCUGUGUACUACUGGUCAGAUUCAAGUGUUGUCAUAACAUGGAUAAAGUGUGAAGGACCUUGGAGCGUAUUUGUUUCCAACCGAGUGAAGGAGAUAAGGAACCUGAGCCCCACUUCCACUUGGAGACACGUCCCUGGCCAUCUGAACCCUGCCGAUCUUCCUUCAAGAGGCAUAAACCCAAAAGGACUCAUCGAAAGUCGAUGGUGGGAGGGCCCAGAGUGGUUACGGCUGGAUGAGGAGCAUUGGCCGGUUGCAAAUUUCGUACUCGACUCGUCAGAAGUUGCUGAUCUCGAACGUAAGAAAACUGGUACUGUUGCCAUGCACGUUGAAGAAGAAUCUUUCCUAGACAGAUUAACCUACUUCUCAAGCUACAUCAAGUUGGUUAGAAUGUUGUGCUGGAUGUUACGAUUCAAGAAAAAAUCGACAUCGAAGGAACUAACUUACGAAGAGUUCGAAUAUGCUGAGAAUACACUAAUAAGGUUAAUACAAAAUAAGUGCGUAAACUCUUUAAUAAAUAAUCAAAACAUACAAACCUUUGCGGAUAAAAAUGGCAUUUUACGUCUAAACACGAAACUGUCACUUGGUAAUGAAAAUUACAAUUUCAAGUUCCCCGUGAUCCUUCCUGGUUCUGAUCCGAUAGUUCGGCGUCUAGUUGAGUAUAGGCACAUCGAGCUUAAGCACACUGGAGCACAAACGUUACUCAAUAAUCUACGUCAAAACUUUUGGAUUAUCGGUGUCAGGAAAUUAGUCCGUAACGUUAUACAUCGCUGUAUAAGAUGCAAAAGAUUUAAAGCAAAACGAUGCCAAGCACCCACUGGAGUUUUACCAAAGGAACGAAUGGAAGCGAGCACGGCAUUUCAACAUUCGGGCGCCGAUCUAGCUGGACCUUUGACUUUACGCUCUGGUGCAAAGGCGUGGAUCGUUCUAUUUACCUGUGCUACCUACCGUGCUGUGCACCUAGAAGUGGUGGAGUCGCUGUCAACAGGGACGAGUACAUAAGUUCACUCGUACAAAAGCGUGAGCGGAAUGGACCUGUACAACUUCAGCCUGGAGACGUCGUCUUGGUGGAGACUGAAGAUAAGCGUGUGACAUGGCCACUGGCCAUAGUUGAAGAGGUUUACCCUGGUGCUGAUGGCAUGAGUAGAGUGGUUCGAGUUAGAACUGCAGCCGGAACAAAGGUGAGACCUGUACAACGCAUUUUUCCUCUUGAGUUAAACUCACAUGACCGACUUGACUCGUCUUUUAGGCUAGUUGAUACUGACUGUACUAGACAAACACAAACAGAGACAAAUGAUAGUAGUGAGGUACGAUCGACACGAGCCAGAAGGUUGCCACAACAUCUGUUUGACUAUAUUCUGGACUAGAGUAGCUUAACCUUCCGGUUCUUCCCGUUUGGGAGUGUGACGUAUUCUGCUCCGCAUUACAAAAAGGUUUUAUUUAUGGUUUACUUUUCAUGUAUUAUUUUCUAUUUGGUUUUAGAACCAUGUCACAGUAAAAUAGAAUAAUUUGAAAUGUAUGUAACCAUGGCUGUCUGAAAAUAUCGUCGUAACAGCGAUGACCUAUUAAUUGUUAUUCUUUAUAUAUAUUUUUGUGUUC